AUGAAGUUUGGGAAAGAGUUUAUUGCGCAGAUGAUUCCAGAAUGGCAACAAGCUUACGUGGAUUAUUCUUGUCUCAAAUCCAUUCUCCAAGAAAUCAAAAAUGCACAGAAGCGAUCAGGUGCCGUAACACGCAAGCAACCUGUGCACCGCAACUUUAGCGGCCUGAUGACUAAGCAUUCAAGCCGAGUCGCCACGUCAGAAGAACUUGAAAACCAAGACAUAGUGGUGAGUGAAAUGAUUGGUGAUGAUGGGUUUGAUAGGUACGAGACGUCCAUCAUGAGAGUUGCAGAAGCUGGGAGAGAGCCAGAGCUUGUGUUCUUUAAAACCCUAGAUCUUGAGUUCGAUAAAGUGAACCAUUUUUACAAGUCUAAAGUGGAGGAAAUGGUGAAGGAGGCAUUGGUUUUGAACAAGCAAAUGGAUGCUCUGAUUGCUUUUAGAAUCAAAGUAGAUCAACCUUCUUCGUCUUGGAUCUGUUCUGAAACCGUAUCAGUCAAUGUGAAUGCCUUGGGUACUACGGAACAUAUAAAGACGUUAGCUGAUGUGAUGGGAAUCAUAGUAUCCAACCAUGGAGAUUCAACGAGAGGGAACGUGCCAGAGGCUUUAAGUGUUCUUGAACGUAUCAGACUAAACAAAGAUCAAGAAACUCCUCUGUCCAGGAUUAGAAACGUCCUCAAGCUCUCUAGCCACGAAGAGCUCAAAUUCACAAGAGAGAAUCUCAAGAAAAUAGAAGAACGUCUUAAGGAUGUCUUCAUCAAGUUUUAUCGCAAGCUUAGACAUCUCAACAAUUACAGGUAUGCAUAUUGUUUCUUAAACAUUCGUAAGAACAACUCAUAG